AUGGCGACCCUAGCACCCUUCUUCUCUCGCUCAGUCUCUUUCCUCCGCCGCUUCCUCCCCCUCUCCGCCGCAGUCGUCCCUUCCUACCGCCGCAUCUUCCUCCCCGCCAUUCCCUCUCUCCGCUCCCUCUCCGCCACCUCCUCCCUCAACGACUCCAACUGUUCCAACCGUCCCACCAAAGAAACCAUCUUGCUCGAUGGCUGCGACUUUGAGCACUGGCUCAUCGCCAUGGAGGACCCCGAAGGCAACCCCACCAGGGACGAACUCAUUGAUAGCUAUAUCAAAACUUUGGCACAGGUUUUCGGAAGUGAAGAAGAAGCGAGGAUGAAGAUAUAUUCUGUUUCAACUAAAUACUACUAUGCAUUCGGGGCUCUUGUAUCUGCAGAACUUUCAAACAAGAUAAAAGAACUGCCCAAGGUUCGGUACAUAUUGCCUGAUUCAUAUUUGAAUAUUCGUGAAAAAGAUUAUGGAGGUGAGCCCUUUAUAAAUGGGCAAGCGGUUCCUUAUGAUCCCAAGUAUCAUGAAGAUUGGCAUGGAUACCAUUACGGAGGUCGUCGCUGUGGGUGCGGGUCCCGGUUGGGGACGAGGACGAGGAGGUUACAUGGUGAACGGAGAGAUAUGCAGACUAAGCCUCCAAGCAAUCCAGGUGGGUUCCCUCCCAAUAAUGCAGGUGGAUUCCCUGCUAACAAUUCAAGUGGAUAUGCUCCUCCCCCUCCUGGCAACUUGGGUGGCCCCCUUCCCAGCAAUCUUAUAUGUUCUUCUUAA